AUGAACACAAAGCCAUCCUCAGAGCAGGUUUCUCAGCCCAACUCCCAAUCUGCCUUUGCAGAAAAACCUUCCAAGCCCAAGUGCUGGCUAGAGGGGGAGCUGCUGGAAGGGAAGGAGCUGUCCCUGCAGUGCCACUCUGCCUCGGGCACUGCCCCCAUCUCCUACCGAUGGCAGCGCAGCAGCGAGGGAGAGGAGAGAGCAGAACCCCUGCCCCCCACCUCCAGAGUCAACAUCUCUAACCCUGGGCAAGUGCUGCUGAAGAACCUCACCCAGAUGAGCACAGGGUUGUACCAAUGCAUUGCCACCAACGAGGCUGGCCAGGAGAGCUGUGUGGUGCAGGUGACAGUGCAGCAUGCACAGAACAUCAGCAUGAUCGCUGGAGCAGUCUGUGGGGUGCUGGUUGGGCUCUCCCUCCUCUUCCUGGUGGUGAGGCUGACAAUCAGGAGGAAAGAAAAGAAGAGGUAUGAGGAAGAGGAGGCACCAAAUGAAAUCAGGGAGGACGCAGAGGCCCCCAAGGCUCAUCUGGUCAAGCCCAGCUCCUCCUCCUCUGGCUCCAGGAGCUCUCGCUCAGGCUCCUCCUCAACCAGGUCGACAGCCAACAGUGCCUCCCGCAGCCAGCGGACUUUGUCCACCCAAGCUACUCCCCACCUGACUCCUCCCCAGUACAGCCAGAGGGAGACAGAAGGGAAAGGACUGGAGCCAAAGAAAGUCGACUACACCAACCUGGUGAAGAUGGGAGCCACGCUGGUCAUGGUGCCUGCCCAGAGCAGAGCUUUCCAGACAGUGUGA